UGUUGUUCAGUGUGUUGGUGGCGGGAUUCACAGUGCUGAAGUGCCGUUUGUCUAGUCAUGUAAAAUCAGGUGGAGCGGAUUCAGUGAUUUACUGUUUUAAAGGUUUAGCGGGGUUCAUCUCUGCGCUCUGUUCGCUGAGGAAGUCUGUGUGCGGCUAAAGUAACAUGUUCGCGGCCUCGGGGUGAAGCGGCGGAUUCGCUACACGGUAUUUUCUGUGUGAUGGACCCUCUAAACAAGUUGAACGUCAUGCAUCUUCAAGAACCCCUUCCCACUGCACUGGAUCUCUCCAUGGGCUGCAGACAGAUUCCAGUUCGGGCUACUUCUGUAGAGGCCCUGGAUCUUGUAAAGAAGGCCAGCCAGAGUGAUCGCACCUCAGGGACAAAAAGCAGGAUAGUGGCUGCUCCAGAAAGUGGCAUUUCCAGACCUUUCAAGCAGGGUGUAACUGAUGGUUCUCAACUGGACCCUUCGACUCGAUUUGCUUAUGAAUCGAGAUAUUGUUCUGUGUCCUUAAACAAUCCCAACACUUUGCCUUUGCUCAAUGUACUGCCUGCUGUUGCCCUGAUGCCCUCUCCAUGCCCACCCAUUGACCCUGAAGAUGGUGUUGAAAUGGACAAAGUGUUAAUGCGUCCCUCCAGAAAUCCACUUGAGAGGCUGAUUUCUGCGUCACAGAACGUUGAGGUUGACAGUGGAACGCCAAGGCGAACCAGGAGGGCCACUAGAGCAGGGAAAAGUGCACUGAAUGGACUGGAUUCGAAGUCACGGUGUGUUAAAGCCCCUUUCAGUAGUAAAAAUAAGGCGAAGUUGCUAAUGACUAGGAGAAAAGGUUUUCUUGUAUCUCAGGACCGUGCUUCUCCAACUCCUUCAUUACAUUCCACCAGCUCUGUGAGCGUCAUUUCGGAAGACUCUGCCGUAGUAGGGAGACGGUCUAUACUACGCAAGCAGACUACAGUAGAAACUCUCUCAUCUGAAUGUACGUUCUCUGAAGCGAAUUCCCCUUGCUCUGUUGAGUACAUUUCCAGUGACGACAGCGACGUAGUUGAGGUGCCUGUGACCAACUCGACCUGCGAGGAAUCCCCCAGUCAUCACCCACCUGCGAAAAAGGUAAACCGUGAAAGAGAAACGAGUUCUUCGCCAGGGCAGAAGCUUAAUCUUAGCAAUGACACCGGCUGCAGACGUGCAAGACGUGCCUGUCGAGCUAACGCACUCAGUUUCCAAGAAAUUGCAGAGAUUUUGGAGUCAAGUGAGGUAUCCUCACCUGCCCUUUUGGAAGAAAGCGAUGAAGAAACUGACACUUUCAUCUCCAAAAAUGUACAGUCUACCUCAGAUGCAGAAGAUGCAGACAUGCUGAAACCUCAGAAGGGUAGAGCCACCUCUUCAUCAUCUAGCCCGACGAAAAAAGCGACGCCGUCUCAACGAAAGAGAAGGAGCAAUUCGGUACCCAAAAACAGAAGCAAAAGCAGCGCACAGAGGAAGCGGACAAAGCCAUCACCCCGCCGCAAAGCAGCUUCUGGGACGGCCAAGAGAAGGAGGAAAAAACGUCAACCAUCCAGGUCGUCCACCUCCAUGUUCUCCCCCGACGAGCCGGAGAUCAAGCUGAAGUAUGUUAACCAAGCAAACAAGGAAGAGAAGAAAGAGGGCAAGGGUGAAAGCUUCGCUCCGUACAUCCGAAUGGACCUCACCUCUUGCACUAUCAUCAACUUCCAGGAAGAUGACAGCGACGCCAAGGCGAAGAAAGGCAGGCAAUCUUCAUCUGCUUCUGCGGCAACCGGCACUGUGCCCACAACCUCCUGUUUGCAGUUGGGAAGGCUUACCUCUGAUGACAGGACUCGGACAGGUCAGCUGUGCUGCCUGUGCGGCAGGACGUCCAAUUCCAUAGGUUUGGGGGACUUGCAUGGGCCCUACUGUCCCUCUGGAUAUCAGCCGGACUCUUGCCAGGUUGUAGCAAACCAUAAUAACAGCGAGUUGGUGCACGGUCCAGAGAGCAGCGGACACAAUCUAGAGGUCAGUGAGGUGGAAGGCCCUGCUGAACAGUUCAGGGAGCAGAUCUCGUCAGAUCAGGAGCCUGGUGCCCCUGAGUCUGGCAGUGACUGCAGAGAGCGCUGGAUACAUGAGGACUGUAGUAUCUGGUCUGCUGGAAUUUUCCUGAUCAAGGGCAAGCUGUACGGAUUGGAGGAGGCGGUCAGGCUCGCUCAGGAAACUGUGUGCUCGUGUUGUGACACAGCUGGUGCCACGUUGGGAUGUUUCUUCAAAGGCUGUCCCAAUAAAUACCACUUCCCCUGUGCUCUUCAGACUGGUUGUUCAUUUAAUGAGGAGAACUUUACUAUAAGAUGUCCAAAGCACAAGAAUAAAUCACCCAGAACCAGCCUGAGCAGACUGCAGAACAGAUGACACACUACCAUGGAGGAAGAAGCUACACACCACUGACAUUAAAAUCUGAGGAGCAGCAAAGCUCUGAAGAGAAGGUGAAUUUUCUCCAGUCGGCAGGACGGCCAGUCUGAUGGAGUCUAAGGCUUCAAAUAAGGAUGAGCUCUGUCUGCAGAGGAAGAAUCUGGUUUAUGUUUGGUUUAAAUCCACUAGUCAUCACUAUCAUUAUCAUCUUCCUCCUCCUCUUCCUUCAUCUGGUCACAUUUUGUUUACACAAUUUUAGUCUCGGAUUUUAAGAUAUUGAGCUGUUUACAGUGAUCUACAAACGGAUGAAUGUUCAACCUACCAAACCCACUACCAUGGUUCCAGGACCCACUGUUGAUGGCACAUUUAUUAUUAUUAAUUAUUUUGUUCUUGCCUGCCACUCUCCUUCAUAAUGGAUUAUCAUACCAUUCAUUUGCAUAUGAGUGGAAUUUAAUGGAAAUGUGAUUUUCAACACAGCUGAGAUUGUUUUUAGCUGGUCAUGGCCAAAUGUCUGAUUGAGAGCUUGGAAUUCAGUUCAUUGAUUUGUUUUCAAUUGUAUUAUUAUUAUUAUUAUUAUUAUUAUUACUAUUAUACAUUACAAAGUGAUUAAAUCACUAUGUCGAAUUCUGACCCUCACUGGCCAUAUUGUUUGGUAACCCUAAGACCCCAGGUCUUCAAAUCUGGACCUUGUAUCUGGUUUCAAGUCCUGGAUUUUGAACAGUUAAUGUUUUUAACUGUGUUUCAAAGCCUAGCCUGCAGUCGUGGAAGAGCAGGUCGUAUGAAGAUGACUUCUCAGUAGUACGUCUCUGUUGAUCACACAUUUGGAACACUCUUAUAAAAGCUUCAUAGGGGCAUCAAUCACAAACAUCCUGUGGAAACAAUGAGGUGUGAAAUAUUUCUUUACAGAAAUAUAAAAAAUAAAAUAAUUUUAGACAUUUUAAAGCUGACUCUACACCAGAGUCAUCUGGGCACUGGGAAGGAUACAUCAGUCGCGCCCUUCCUUCAAAUCGUGCAAAUGUUUCUCGGUUGUAUACGAAGGAUCCUUCCAUUUGGAACAGCCUUCAUUGAUGGAUCGGCUAAAAAAAUGCAGCCUGUUUAGGUUGCAGCCUUGACUUUGGAAAGCAGCUGUUGAUUGGCCACGUAUUGUCGUACCAACUAAUGAUUACAAAAUCCAGUGGAGUGGAAGCUGGACUCAAGAUCCAGAUUUAAAGAUCUGUUAUAGGUGCAUUUUGUGGGUUUACAGUUGACUGUAGACCAUCUGUUACUGCCUAAUCUUCUUCAUGCCCAUUUAUUCCUGCAAAAUGACCAUCCCUGACCAGCACAUCAGUCCCACUGGACCACUGGUACCUGCUACAUUUGCCUUGGUGGGAUUUUGUUAGGAUUAAACUCUUAUGUUCACUUAAUGUGACCACUGUAUUAGAUACACCUACUUUGUUGCUGUUGAGGCUCAUCUUUUACUUUUCCACACACAUUUUUAAUAUAUAUUUUAUUGUAUUGAAUUUUGCAUAGUCAUACACAUAACAUACAUAUUCAACCCAAACCCAAUCCACAAAACAAUCAGAACAGUCUCAAGAAAAAGAAAAAGAGGACAAAAACAGAAAAAAAUAUUUAUUUUGUAAGGAGAGCCCCUUUAUCUAACAACUCCAAUUGGCUUGGCACUCCUAACAUACCACAACAAUGUUGGCUGGCAUCACCACUGUUGUGCUAAGAAUGAACCAACUUUUAUAAAUCCCAGAUUAGCCGGCUGGUGGUGGUGGUCCCUUUCCACUGAUGCACUACAGUUUAAACUAGUCUAGUGUUCUAUGUAUUAGAUAAAAUACAAGUAUUUCCCCUUAGUGGAAACAUCUGCAGAGAUGGUUUACUCCUGGACUCUCCUGAUGUAUCCUUCCAAUAAGUAUUAAGGCCCUGUCACCAAUUUACAGGAACCCAGAACUUUUCUGUCGUAAUCUGCAUGGGAACGCCAGUGUUUGGAUCAGUUGUACCAGACAUUACCAGGACUUUAUCCUGACAGCCACCUUAUAAUACAUAAUGAAGUUCGGGUAAUGUUCAAGUGAAUAGAGCAGGUCAUUUCCAAACACUUGUCAGUUACGAAACCAAGAUCGUUUUUCAGAGGAAAUCCAGAUGUGAGCACAAUUGUGUGUGUGUCAGUUAAGGGUACUUUAUAUAUUUUCAGAUGUGGCCAGUUUUUUUUAUAUAUAUAAUUUUUCCGACACCCAUAUCUCUCAAACUAUAAUGCUGCACAAGCCAGAUCUUCUCAGAAGGUACCAUAUGCACUAUAUGUGAACAUAUUUAAUUAUAAGUAUUUAUGUUGAUUUAAUGUGUAUAUGCAUAUUUAUUUGCAGAUUUUCAACCUCAGCUGAAAGGACACUUAUCUGGAAAGGCAGGGAAUCUCAGUUCUCGUUCUGUAUUUAUUGAUUGAUUAAGUGAUGAGAUAAUGUGAUGGUCUGUGUAUGAUGCACUUUGCUUUGUCGUGUUCUGGAGUCUGAAUUUAUGGCCUGAGCUGUGGAGGAGCUGCUGCCUGUGUGUAGGAUGUACAAUUUCACCCUAUGCCUUGUGAAGUCUCUGUGGGUCCUGUUCCAAUAAACAUUUUUACUACC